AUGCAGGUUUCGUGUACUUUUGCUCUGUUGGUGACCAGUGCUCUUGCUAGCUACAGUGGCAACUUGAACUACCGCAGCCCUUCGUCCGAGCAUCCUGCUCUGGGCCUUGACCUAGUCGAGAUCACAAGACGAAACUUGGCAAAGCGAGAUGUUACCGACUGGGAUCCGGCCAGCUUGAACUUUACACAUAGUGUGGCAUCUGGCGAUCCGUACUCGGACUCGGUUAUCCUAUGGACCCGUAUUGCGCCGUCCUUGACCAGUGACAAGUCCAACAUUACUGUUGAAGGCAAUGUCCCAUUCUACAGCCAUGAGACCGAGCAUUACAUCCAGACUUCGUCCAAUCCCAUCUGUCUAGACUGGAAGAUCGCCACAGAUCCCGCCUUGACUGCUGUCGUCAACGCUGGAAAGGCUUACACGACCUCGGACAUCGAUUAUACCACGAAGGUGGAGGCCACUGGUCUAGCUCCGUUCACGACGUACUACUACCAAUUCACCGUCUGCGGCACGAGCAACUUGUCCCCUGUCGGCCGCACUAAGACUGCCCCGGCGGAGGACGACGCCUCAACUCCCUUCGGUAUUGCUGUCUUCAGCUGCAGCAACUUUCCCAAUGGGUACUUUUCAGCUUACGGCAACGCUGCUCGCAAGGAUGAUGUCGACUACAUGGUGCAUCUCGGAGACUAUAUCUAUGAAUACAAGAUGGGCGAGCUUGGCACCGAUCCACGCGCCGCAAACCCUGAGAAGGAGAUCACGAGUCUUUAUGACUAUCGUACUAGACUCGCACAGUAUAAAUCUGAUCCCGAUCUAAGUCUCGCGCAUUCGCAGUUUCCCUGGAUCCCGGUGUGGGAUGACCACGAGCUUGCCAAUAACGGCUACAGAGAUGGCUUCAGCGGUAUGAACAACACCGAAGCUUCCUUCAUCAAGCUCGGUCUCUCUGUAGACCAGCGUAAGAUGAAUGCCGUACGCGCCUACUUCGAGUACCAGCCUAUCCGACAGGUAGCCAUGGACGACAAUCUCAGAAUCUGGAGAAACUUCAAGCUCGGCAAGCUGGUCGAUCUAGUCAUGCUGGAUACCCGCAACUAUGACAGAUCUAUCACCACCCUAGGUAACGGCGGAUACAACGAGAAAUACAUCUACGACAUCAGCAACGACGCUGGCCGGAGUCUUAUGGGCAGCCGGCAGGAGAACUGGUUCUAUAGCACCUUGAUCGAAUCGAAGAACAGGGGCGCAGUAUGGCGCAUCUUGGGAUCUCAGAUCGUCUUCUCGCGCAUCAAUCAAACCAGCAACUAUGGCAGCAAUCUUAUACCAUACAAUGGCGACCAGUGGGAUGGGUAUAUGGCUAACCGCAAUCGCACAUACCAGACUCUUUACGAUUUCGAGAUUGGCAACAACAUCUUCAUCGCUGGUGACAGCCAUGCGAACUGGGUUUCAGACCUAGUAUGGUUCGACCACAGCACAUACGAUCCGGUCACAGGUGCAGGCGCGGUUGGCGUCGAAUUUGGUGGCACAGCCGUGUCCUCUUCCGGCUACGGCGACAACAUCACGCAAGGUAACACUGUGGCAGAAGGCCUCAUCACUGACAACCCAGAGCUCCAAUGGACCGAAGGCUAUUUCCGUGGCUACUUCGAGAUGCACGUCACUGCUGCCCAACUAGACGCGCGGUUCUUCGGCGUGCCAACCGUAGCGGAGCGGACCAGUCUGGAGCUGAGCAUGGCAAACUUCACAGUCAUCGCGGGUGAAAACAGAUUGUCGAGACCUCUCAGUGGUGGGCAAGUGGAGAAUGGAUUCUUGAGGGGUGGCGAGGUAGUAGGCACGAAUUUGACGCGGGAUACUAGCACGGGCGAGUGGGCCGUGAGGGAGUUUGAGAAGAUGUAUAUCGAGUACGAGAGUGCCGACCAUUGA